UUUAUUUUGACAACAUAUGAGCGAAGCCCCCCGGAAACGGCAUCAGCCUCCACAAGCAACAGUCAGAGCGUUUACACCAUUUCACACAGAAAAUAAAAACAACACCGGACAGUUUUACUUUACGAAUAACGAAAGCAGCUGUCACUUUAACCUAAAGUUGUACUGCAACGUACACACUUGUCCGCGGGACCUACAGGCGGCCCAAACGCAGAGGAGCGCGAAGGAUGGCGAAUUACCGGGCGUUUCACUCCCAGCUCGCGACCAUCAUGGAGACCCUGACUCGUGCGGCGGUGGCAGAGAUCUGCGAGCUUGUGGACGACGGUUACGCCGUUUUACACAUCGAGAUCUCACGCCAUCAGAAGGAGAACGAGGAGCUCCGACGGAAACUGCAGCUCAUAGAGUCUAUCGUUGCGGCGCGGGGGUACAGCGACGACACAACCGUAACGCGAGACGGUCGGUGUGACAGCAGUGCACGCGAGUCGCUAGUGGGCAGAAAAACGUCCGGAGGCGGAGAGUCCACCAGCCGGGGUGCAGUGUCAGAGGCGCGUGAGUUUCGUGAUGGAGGAGAUUUGAUCCCAAUGCAAAUCAAAGAGGAAGGUCUCGAGCAGCCGCCGCUGGGAGAUGAGGACGACGACGAGGACGAAGGUGAAAGUGUCUCUGCGGUAGCUCACGACUCUCCUAAACUAGAUGUUGCCGAGCUCUCGGGACAGGACUCUCACACACUCUCACACUCCCCUGACCAUGACGCACACUCCCAUACGCUCACAUUUGCAGACACACACUCCGGCGCAGAUGAAUCCCAGCACUCCAGCGUCGACUUGUCUGUUUCAGAUAACGCUUCCCUCUCCCUUGCUCAAACCAUGUCGGAUACUCGCGCUUCCCAUCAUCAUCGAGUGCUUCAGGAAGACUUGUGUGCGAAGGCCGAUCUGGACCCGGUAUCCGAUUGGGCCGCACACUCUGUCCGUAGCACACUCGCACACUUGCAGACCUCACCACAGAGGAUUGGUGGGUCAGACUCUUUUGUAUCCCAUAAUUCACCCUUGUUUGCUGCUCAGCGGCUCGUUGCUCUGGGUAACGUCUCAGGGCUGGGUCUCUAUGGGCGGUUGGGCGCUCUACGCGGGGGUGGAGCCGGCAAGCGACACUUCAUUUGCUCAAUCUGUGGGAAGAGUUUCACCACAUCGCAGAGUUUGGACACGCACAUGCGCAUUCACACUGGAGAACGGCCGUAUCGCUGUGAGCAGUGCGGGAAGCGUUUCACGCAGUCGGGACACCUCACGGCUCACCAGACUGUCCACACCGGAGAGAGACCGUACGAGUGCACCCGCUGUGGAAAACGAUUCGCAGGCAAACAGUACCUGCGCAUACACACCAAGAAACACCACCCAGACUUACAUGCAAUCUCUUAUAUACAGACUAACACACAGCAGGACACAUUGCCCUGAAAGAUACACACACUAACAAGAGAAUGCAGGACAUAAGUUUUGUAGUUUUUGGUUAUUGCUUGGAAGUGUCCUGCCAACCACUCAGAAAAUUGAAAAUAGGACAUUCAGUAUGCCAGUUCCAGGUGUUAUUUUUUUGCAGUGUUCAGGCCCUUAUCAUAACUUUUAACUGGUCAUUAUUUUGCAAAAACUAAAGGAUUGAGAUGCAUUACACAUUAUAUACACACUGCAGGGAAAAUACAUGGACCCAACAAGCAUACACUAGAAAGUUGGUGUUAGCACAGGUUUUUAAUACCUUUAACAUGAACUUCGCAAUUUCACCUGAAUUGCAGAUGUAUUUAAUAUGUACAGGAUAUGUUGUUUAAAGAGUUUGUUAUGAUCUAAAUUAGAUAUAAUUAUAGAUUAUACAUAUAUAUUUGCAGCUAGUCACAGCAGAAACACUAACUGGAUUUGUCUGUGUUGUAUUUAAUAGAAAUAAAUGGUUAUUUCAAGAA